UGCAGAUCUGCUCGCACUCGCCCUCGGCAGCCAGUCGGACUUCCGAAAGUCAUGUUGGUCGUCGGUGGCCAGGCUCCGAAAGCUAUUCGAUCUGUCGAAUGCUACGACUUCGCCGAAGAGCGCUGGUACCAGGUGGCAGAGAUGCCGUCGCGCCGGUGCCGAGCCGGGCUGGCGGUGCUGAACGGGCUCGUCUACGCCGUCGGCGGCUUCAACGGGUCCCUCCGCGUCCGCACGGUGGACAUCUACGACCCGGUGGCCGACAGUUGGUGCCAGAUGCCGAGCAUGGAGGCGCGGCGCUCCACGCUCGGGGUGGCCGUGCUCAACGGGGUCAUCUACGCCGUGGGGGGGUUCGACGGGUCCACGGGGCUCAACACGGCGGAGUGCUUCGAUCCGGAGAUGGAGGAGUGGAGGAUGAUCGCGUCCAUGUCCGUUCGGAGGAGCUCCGUCGGGGUGGGGGUCAUCAACGGACUCCUCUAUGCGUGCCUGGCUUUCAAGGUCAUCCGAUUCGUGUGUCUCCAGGGAACACCCUGUCUUCUGGAACCCGUGUGA